AUGUCUCUGGAACGUCAAGUCCGCGCCAAGCUUGCUUCAAAGCGCAACCCUGAACAAGAAAAGGAAGCCCAGGAGUGGAUCGAGGGAGUUUUAGGCGCUAAAUUCCCCCCUGGUGAACAGUUUGAGGAUGUUCUCAAGGAUGGAACUGUCCUUUGUCAACUUAUUAACAAGCUGAAACCUGGUUCAGUGUCCAAAAUUAACACCUCUGGUGGUCAAUUCAAAAUGAUGGAGAACAUCACCAACUUCCAAAGCGCCAUCAAAGCAUACGGUGUUCCUGACAUCGACGUAUUCCAAACUGUGGAUCUGUGGGAGAAGAAAGACAUCGCUCAAGUUGUUAGCACACUGUUCGCCCUCGGCCGUGAGACCUACAGGCAUCCUGAAUGGAACGGACCUUACCUCGGACCUAAGCCUUCUGAAGAAUGCAAGCGUGAUUUCUCUGAGGAAGUUCUGAAGGCUGGACAGACUGUAAUUGGUUUACAAGCUGGCUCCAACAAGGGUGCCACCCAGUCUGGCCAGAACAUGGGCGCUGGCCGCAAAAUCUUGCUCGGCAAGUGA